GUAGGCUUUAUCUUUAUGCAGGGGGGAAUACAAUAAAACAUCUAAUGGAACAUAUAAUUAAACAAUUUCCAAACCUGGGUCUGUUGUAGACCCAUGCAGUUACUCAGCAAGGUCAGUUCCUCUGCUUACCUCAUGGCAAAAUAAAAGUCCCCCACAACUAAUAGUUUUUUUUUGUUGCGGGUAUGGCACAUGUGAAGCAUUUUAAUUUUGACAUAAGCAGAGAGGAAGUGGUUUUACAAAUCAAAUUUAAAAAAAUUAUAUUGUCCCAUGCUUCGUAAACAACGGGUGUCCUUUUCCAACAAUGCGGGGUUAAAAAAAAUACAAAAUAGAAAUAGUGGCACCCGGAAUAAAGACACGGUGAAAAACGAGUCAUCGCGUGUUGGAAGCAGCAGCCCACUCAUAGUGCAGACAUGGCUGGUGGUAAAGGCCGUGGUAUAGCUGCCUUCAGCUUCAACAUCGAAUCCCUGGGCCUCAGCAGGGGGAAUAUGCCUCAGACCAGAGAGGGGCCCAACAAGCUGUAUCCAGGGGACUUACAGGAGCAAUUAGGGUCAAGUGCCUUGCUCAAGGGCACGUCAGCAGUUAUUUUCCCCAUUCAGGAUGUGGAGUUCAAGCCUGUGCCCUUGAAAGAGGGAGAAGAUGAGGACUACAUGCUAGCCCUGAAACAGGAGAUAAGGGGAACCAUGAGACUACUACCCCACAACAUCAAGCCUCUGGCUGGGAAAGGAGAUGUGGAAAGAUACAAGGAGAGGUAUCAGAGGCAAAACAUGUUGGAUGAGGAGUGGACUCCAGACUGGCAGCUUUUUCCAAAAGAGCUGAUGCCUCAAAAGAAAAAGUUGAAUGUAAAACCAGUAGGCGCAAAGAAGAAACCCAUAAAGGUGUCAAGCAAAGAAAAAGCAGAUGUACUCAGUAAAUUAGAUGAACUGGAAAAGAAAGAUGUAAAGUCAGACGAGGAGAAAGAAGAAAAGAAAACUACAGAGGAAGGAGAGGAGGAAGAAAUUGAAGGAGAGGAGUUGGAGGAGGAGGAAUUAGAAGAGGAAAAUGACUACAUUGCCAGCUACUUUGAAGAUGGUGAUGAUUUUGGUGCCGGCAGUGAUGAGAACAUGGAUGAAGGAGCCACAUAUUAACCUCAACUGUAUGGAUGUUAUCAAGAGCAUACAGUAUUUAAAAAGCCAGAAGAAUGUUGACUGUCACUCUUCCAAACGCAUUUCCCCCUGCAAAUCAUGAUUUAUUGUUUACCAAAUAGCUGUUGGCUAUAUGACUAACACUGUCAUCAGGUUCACAUAUUUUGUUUGAACCUACAUUUAAAAUGUGAGAAUCAUCAAGAUGUGCUUGUGUGAUUUGAAGUGAGUUUGAGUUUAAAUACUGUAAGUGGCUCUUUUGUAAAUAAGUGUAUAAACAAAUUAAACAAACAUGCAAAGUC